UGGCAUCGGCAAUGGCUUUCGUUUUCAAUAGCCGAUGGUUUGCAGCCCGGCGUCUUAUAUCCCGAGCGUGGCCCUCGUCGGAUUGCGCCAAACCGCUGCCACGAUCUCUCUCGACUCUCUCCCGGUAUAUUCACUCACCGUCCGCGACCAUGAAGCUGCUCUACCCCACCUCGCUCAAGCUCGACGUCGCGAGCAUCGACGGCUUCUCCGUCGCGCUGCAGCCCUACGACGUCAAGGCGCCGAUCCCCGAGGAGCACAUUGACGCCGAGGUGCUCGUGACGUGGACCAACAGCGCCGACAACCUCAAGGAUGCCGCCGCGCGCAUGACGAAGCUGCGCUGGAUCCAGUCGCUGGCCGCCGGGCCCAACGACGUGCUCGCCGCGGGCUUCGACACGGCCAAGAUCACAGUUACGACGGGCUCCGGCCUGCACGACCACACCGUCGCCGAGCACACGCUGGGCCUCCUGCUCACGGCCGCGCGCCGCUUCUACGAGAUGCGCGAUUAUCAGCUGCAGGCCAAGUGGCCCGCCCACCUCGGCGGCCCGCAGCCCGACCGCCCGGCCGGCGCCUUCACCACGCUCCGCGACGCCCGCGUGCUCGUCUGGGGCUUCGGCAACAUCGCAAAGGCCCUCACCCCGCACCUGAUCGGGCUCGGCGCCGACGUCCGCGGCGUGGCUCGCGCGGCCGGCGUGCGCAACGGUAUCCAGAUCUACGGCGAGGACAGCCUCGCCGAGCUGCUCCCGCAGACCGACGCCCUCGUCAUGAUCCUGCCCGGCUCCGACGCGACGCGCCACGCCCUCAACGCCGAGCGCCUGAAGCAGCUGCCCAAGCACGCCUGGGUCGUCAACGUCGGCCGCGGGACCGCCAUCGACGAGGCCGCCCUCACCAGCGCCCUGGAGAAGCGCGAGAUUGGCGGCGCCGCCCUCGACGUCUUCGAGGUCGAGCCGCUGGCCGAGUCGAGCGGGCUCUGGAAGGCCCCCAACGUCGUCAUUUCGCCCCACGCUGCGGGAGGUCGUCCCCAGGGCUCCGAGGCCUUGAUUGCCGAUAACCUGAGGCGGUUUAUGUCUUCGCAACAAUUGAAGAAUGUAAUCUAAAUAAAAAAUAAUUAGAUGAGCACCCAAAAAAAAUAGACAAACAUGCAACCCAAGUCGAGACUUGAAAUAUUCCCAACCUUUGUAUCAUCUGGAGCUUCCUGGUUGCGACUGAGCACUCUCAUUCCCCGCCCCCACCUUGACGAACGGCUAUUGAAGGCGGUCGUUGUGUGGGUGACACCCGAGCUAAGACACGCA